AUGGCGUGGGCGCUGGUCCUGGUGCUCUGCAGCAGAGUGCUGAGCCUCACGGGCGCGCUGGACGCCAUGGGCCCCCACGCGGCCAUUCGCUUGUCGGAGCUGCUGACCCCGGAGGAGUGCGGCCACUUCCGCUCGCUCCUCGAGGCGCCAGAGCCGGACCUGGACGCCGAGCUGGCCCGGCUGUCGGAGGACCGACUGGCCCGGCCCGAGACGCCCACACCCUCGCCCGGGGCGCAGGGCCCGGGGCCCCCGCAGCGGCGGGCCGCGGCUACGCAGCCGGAGGACGCGUCUCCCGGGGCCGGGGGGCUCUCGGACGGCUGCCGGGAGGCGCUGGCGCCCUGGCUGGCCGCCCGGGCCCCGGCGCUGUCGUGGGACCGCGUGGCGCGGGCCCUGCGGCGCAGCGGCCGCCCCGACGUGGCGCGCGAGCUGGCCAAGAACCUGCACCAGCAGGCCACGGUGGAGCUGCGCAGGUCGGGGGAG